AUGAGUAUUCCAAUUGGUCAGGGUGGACCAUCGAAUCCAGAUUUGAGUGGCAGAGAUUCAUCAGAUACAUCAACUCCAAUUGAGUUCCAAGUUGGUCAACAGUUUCAGAGUAAAGUGGAAGUCGUGUUAAGUGUCCAAACUUAUAGCAUCCGUCGUUGGAUUAAGUAUAGCAUGUUGGAGUUAGGUCACAUUAAGUACUAUGGAAAAUGUAAUGUAAAGAAUUUGGAAAAUGUUGCAAUUUUUAGUGAUCAUAGGAAGCUUGUUUACCAUGUCAUAUGUACUUUCAUCUUUUCUAUGGUCAGGGCUGAUACAGUUGUGUUGAUUAAGAUACUAUGGGUUCUAGGUGUACAAAGAAUAAUGUCGAGUAGUAUUGUAGUGCUGAAGAUGAGUCUUUGCAAAUUGGAGACUAAGUUGACGAGUCAUCAGUUUAUUUCCACUAGCUUUUCUGGACAUUCCCACAAUGUAUCGAGGCUUUCAGGCAUUGCAAGCCACUAUUUAGUAUCGAUAGGACUCACUUGUACAACAAAUAUGGGGCAUGUCAUACCUCAACUAGAGAUUCUAGUUAUAUCGAAUAGACACAAUGGAAUCAAGGCUGCCUUGGAGGCUCCUGAUGGUGAAUGGCUCUUGCCAAGUGCUUAUCGUGCAUUUUAUAUCUGGCAUCUUGUAACAAAUUUUGCUUUGAGUUUUAAGGGCAAGGAUGCAAGAAGGUUUCUCAUGAACACUAGUUAUGGUAAGAUUGAGGUUGAUUUUGACUACUGGUUUGAUAUUCUUCGAAGUGAAGAUCUGGCCAUACGUUAA